AUUCCGACCGUUGUGAAGGGAAGCCACAACCCCCGUUUUAAAGCUCUCUUUCCCCCGAUUCCAUUCCAUCCCUUCCCUUCUUCCUCCCACCACCGAAUCUGAGGAACUAGCCGUUGGUGGCCGCUCCCUUCCACCUCCACGUCGCCCCCCGCCCCCCAUGGAAUCCGCCACCGUGGCGCUCGCCAGCCCCGCCUCCGACGACCGACGGUUCUGGGACCGUCUCCGCACCCGCGUCGACACCAUCCUCGAGGACCGCCGUGACCUCCCAGCCGCCGCCGCCCCCACGCGCGUGGUGGAGUCCGAGCGGGGGAAGCGCCUCCGGGAGGACUCCCUGAUGCUCGUCCGUGGCCUCGACUCCGUCGUGGCGUCGCUGGCGCAGCUCUCCGACACCCUCACCGCCGCGCAGAAGGGAGUGAGUGCUCUGGCGACAUGCUCUUCCCAGGCGAGGGGAUGCGAGGGCGGCGCCUGCCCCGAGGAGGUUGAGGAGGAGGAGCCCAAGGCGAAGCGGAUGUGCGGCGGCUCCACCGAAGAUUCACCACGGAACAGCAAUUCUCCGGCCGCUGGAGAGGAAACGGCGGCUGGUCCUGAUGGUCUGGGGAAGGGGAAUGUCCAGGCCUCUGCUGAGGUUGCACAGAGCACUAACCUGAAGCGGGCCAGAAAUCUGGCCGUUUCAAUGGCAAGCAGAGCUGCUGCACUUGCCAGGGAGCUCAAGAACAUCAAGUCGGAGCUGCACUUCAUGCAGGAGAGGUGCGGUUUGCUGGAGGAGGAGAACAAGAGGCUCAGAGAGGGAUGUGACAAUGGAGUUGCCCCUGAAGAAGAUGACUUGGUGAGGCUGCAAUUGGAGGCUCUGCUUGCAGAGAAGUCGCGCUUGGCGCAAGAGAAUGCCAACCUGACGAGAGAGAACCAGAGCCUGAUGCAGCUGGUGGAGUACCACCAGUUGACAUCCCAGGAUCUGGAUGACUCCUAUGAGGAUGUUAUGCAGGGGAUACGGCUCGACUUCUCAUCGCCACUGGGGAGGAUCAGCGACAAUGAAGGCGAGUGUGAGGAUGACGUUCCGGUCACCCCAGCUGAGGCGUUAUGCUCCCCCGAUGAGUAGGCAGGCGAACUGGAGGAAUAAGAUGGGUUUUCCGACGAUGGAAUUCCUUUGUACCAGCUACCAGGUGCCAACAUUAGGCAGUUUUUUUUUUCCUAAGUGACCACUACCGGUGGCCAGUUUUUGAUGUUCCUGACUGAUAAUAAUCAUAAUAAUUUAUAUACAAAACUUCUCUUUGUGUAAUAAUUUAUAGUCAUAAAAAUUUAUAUGUGACUUCUCUUUA